CAGGAGAACUCAGGAACAUGGCUUCAAUGUUUUUAUGCUUCACGCUUCUCUUCAUCAACAUCUGCACAGCAGAUGGAUAUGAGUGUUACUCUUCAACUCGCUGCCUGUUUAACUCCACUGAGCUGCAGGACAUCGAGUUCAUCAGAUCUUACUAUUACAACAAGAUAGAGCAUGUCAGGUUCAGCAGCGAUGUGGGGAGGUUUGUUGGAUACACUGAGUUUGGUAUAAAGGAGGCAGAAUACUGGAACAAAGAUCAGGCAAUACUCGCUCAAAUGAGAGCUCAGAAGGAGACGUACUGCCAACACAACACUGACCUCUGGUACGCAAAUGUUCUUUCUAAAUCAGUGAAACCAUCAGCCAGACUUCACUCCACGAUGGCUCCUGGUUGUCACCAUCCUGCCAUGUUGGUCUGCAGCGUCUAUGACUUCUACCCUAAACUGAUCAAAGUGAGCUGGUUGAGAAAUGGACAGGAAACAACCUCUGAUAUCACUUCCACUGAAGAGUUUGCAAAUGGUGAUUGGCUCUACCAGGUCCACUCCCACUUGGAGUACAUGCCCAGGUCUGGCGAGAAGAUCUCCUGUAUGGUGGAGCACGCCAGCCUGGAUGAACCACUGAUUAUUAACUGGGUCCCGCCCAUGCCUGAAACAGAGAGACUGAUCAUAGUUGGAGCCAUAGGACUGAUCCUGGGCCUGAUCUUGUUUGUGGCUGGAGUCAUCUACAGGAGGAAGAGUGGAGAUACAUCUUUGGCUCACAGGUUCGGUGAGAAACAGGCAGAGGACUGGAACAAAGAUCCUGCAGCUCUGAGCUUGUGGAGACCUCAGAAGGAGAUGUUCUUCAAACCCGACUCUGAGCUCUGCUUCACAAAUGUUCUGCCUAAGUCAGUGAUGCCAUUGGCCAGGCUUCACUCCAUGACGCCCCCUGGUGGUCGUCAUCCUGUCUUGGCACUCUGCAGAGUCUACGACUUCUUCCCCAAUCAGUCCAAAACCAGGACUGAUGCUGGUUCCCAGUAGUGGAUCCUGAUUGUAGACCUGGAGCUGGUUCUGCUUCUGUCUGAUAGCUGGAAGCAAAAGCAGCAGCAGUUGGCAGCUCUGUGUUUGAUCCAGGCUGUUUGAGUCAGGCUGAAACUGGACUGUGGUGGAUCUACUGGAGCCUCAGUGGUGGAGUCAUCAUGUAGUGUGUGCAGAGUGUUCUCAGAGUCUUUACAGCUGUCUGACAGGAGGAACUGCUCAGGUGAGCUUCCUCCAGGUUGGACCUGGUCUGUGCAGGCCGGAGGACAGCGAGGUGUGUGCUGGGAAACUGAGUGUCUGAUUGCUUUGUUUGGAUGUAAGGCUGGAGGGGGCGGAGCUCUGUGGGUGUUUGUGUGUGUGACUUUCCAGUGUAAUCACACACACACACACACACACACACACACACACACACACACACACACACACACACACACACAGAUGGAUGCAAAGAUGAAACCACACUCUGAGCUGUCAGCUGUUUGUUGUAUUUUCACUUCCUGAUCCUUUCCUCAAUAAAGCAGAUUCCACAGUCA